AUCGGAAACCAAUCACGGGGCCGGUGACCAAUGGCUGCUGCCGCCGCGAAUGCACUCUCACGUCACUUCAGAGUUGGCAGCGCUUACGCUCCUCUCUAGCCUGAUCUUGCAAGUUAAUGCGCAAGUGAUGCUUCCAUAACCAUCCUACUCCACGAGAGUGCGCACCAGGUAGUACACGAACACGCUUGCCUUUCUUCUGUUCUUUCCUCGUCAAGUCACCAUGAUCGUCCAACUCUUUUGAUUGUGCCCCACUAUCACUACGCGACCAGCCCCCUCACCGCCCCAUACCAACCCGCCUCGUCGUCACACUACUCGACCGAGACAAUGGACGGCGCUCAUGGUUAUCAACGACCUGGCGACUUUUACUUUCAAAAGCCCAGGUCCCCCGAACCUGAAACUCCCACCGUAGGUCCUUUGCGCAUUCACAAAGCCAACCAUUCGACAUCAACCGCUUCGACCACGUCCACUCCCUCGAGAACCUCGUCAGAAGAAGCCGAGGUCGACGGCACCUCGCAGCUCAGACACGCCAGUCCGCCAUACCCCGAUGAUCGUCCCCGUCCUCUACACGCUGCUGCCGGCGCACAACGUCAAGGCACUCCCGAAGUAAAUCCUACAGGCAUGCGCCGACAGUCCUCAACUCGUGCCAAGUUUGGCGCAAACGAUCCAAACCGCCCUACCGUUUCUGGCUAUGCCGGCACUCCACCACCCUCGCUCACCCCAGGACUUGGAGGUGACAGAAACAAACUUGCUCCAGAGGUACCAGGAAAAGAAGAAGUUCAUGACGACGAUGAUGGUUUGUUCCAGAAGGCCCCUCCGAAACCAGCAGUACCUGUUGGUGAAGAGGGAAUAGCUCAGUCUACCUACCAGCAAUACUAUCCACCACCGGCAGCUGCCUCGCUUCAACCUCCCAACGCUGGUGUGAAUCGUUUGAGCUCAACCGCAUCGACUUCCACAACACGUGCUCAGAGGGGCUCUCCACCGCCUCCAGAGACACCUAUUCUUGGGAGACCGACUGGUGGCUUCGAGUCAGGUUACCCAUAUGCUCAGACUGCAGCUGCUUCUCGCGCCAACCAGUAUGCCAACCCUAUUGCUCGCCCUUCGACCAUGUCGCCCUCACAGCAACCCAUGGAAGUUCCUAGACCUUGGACGCCAACAGAACAACCUGGCAGCUACCCGCAUGGUCCCCCAGUCGCUUUCCAGGGAGACACUGAGGUUCCACCUGCAACGACCUAUCAAAGCCCCAUGAUGCCCGCCUAUCAGAGUCCCUCUCAGCCGAGUCAAGCUCGUACAUACCAGACUUCUCCACCUCAGCCUGCCCAACAGUUUGGGGCUCCACCAAUCCAACCCUUCACAGUCCCAGUAAUUCAAUCUUUCUCACCCGCGCAACCUGCUCAGUAUUUGCAGUCGCCCCAGAACAAUCAGCCUGGUUCACGAAUGUCUUUCUCUCCUCAGACUCACCCGCUGGAGCAGGAUUUGCAACGUCUUCAGGUAGCUGAUGAACCCCCUCCAGCUUACUCGAGUGUGUCUCAGCAGAGACUCUUCUCCGGUGCAACUGCUGCAGGCUACCCAAACGAGAAGCGAUUGAGCAACGCUUCCGUGCCGAGUUCUGCAUCUUCACAGGAUCCGAAUCUUCGCAGACAUCCAGCUUUCGCAAAUGAUGCAGGACAGCCUGUUGUACAACAAACCGUAUUGCAGCCUGUCGCAACUACCCAACCCGUGACUCUGGCCCCCAUUCAGAUCGUAUCGCCCAGCCCGGGACCGAGCAUAACGCCAGCUUCGCCUCCUCCUCUUCCCGAAGGAUGGAUCGCCCACCUUGACCAAAACUCUGGUCAGUACUACUACAUCCACCUACCGACUCAAUCGACUCAGUGGGAGUUCCCGAAAGGACCGACUCCUUUGAAUCUCCAAGAGCCGCUCUCCCCAACUGGCACAUUCGCGAACCCGAUGGCUUCUCCCGCUCUAGGUGGCUUCAAUCAACCCAUUGCAUCUCCUGGAUUUCCACCGCAAAGUGCCUCAUAUCAUCGUGAUAGUAUGCUCAGCAUGAACAAUCUUGCAAGUCCUACAGUAGCUGGCUUCACCGGCCCGCCUCCAGCUGCUGGUGUUGACAUGUACAAAGUUGCUCCCACUAAUGGUGUCUACUUUGGUCCGUACUUGCGUUACACUAAUAUAGACCUCGAAAGGGGCCUCUGGCUUGGUUCAAUUCUCUUGGUCACGGAUGUCUCUCAGCCGCCAACUAUUCAUAUUCACCAGAGCACCGAUUUGUCUCCCAACCCCCGCCAACUGAAGGCUAACCCAAUCUACCAGCAUCAGCGUUGGACCUUUUACCGUUACGAUGUCGAUCUAGUCAUGGAUGAACAAGACACCAAGUGGACAUAUGCCAUCACAUCACACCUUGGCUGUACCAGAUACGAGUUCCUCGUCGCCGGACGCUAUGAGACGAGCUGGCGCUUCAUUUCUCACUCUGGCAACGACUUUGCGUUGAACGUCAGUGCUAAUGAGAGAGCCAGACUCGGCGGCAUCGGUCUCAUGUGGAAAGAUGUCUUGCAAAAACACGUCGAGUGUGGUGGCUUCCAUGCUCAACUUGGUCUUGGAGGUCAAAUAUUCGGUGACCGCCUCUGGAAGGAGGUUCCUGCACUCAGGCAGUGGACUGCCAUGAGUGGAAAGGAGAAUCGCAAGAAUGAAGCUUGGACUGCGAAACUCGAAGACGACGUCUCACAUGCUUACUUCCAUUACUACUCAAGCCACUUUGAUCAGCCUCAUGUGCGGGAAGCAUUCGCGCAGAUACCUCAUGUUCUCACGCUUGACGAUAACGACAUUUUCGAUGGUUACGGCUCCUACCCUGAUUACAUGCAACAAUCCAACAUGUUCAAAAACAUUGGUCGCAUCGGUGUUGACAUGUACCUCCUCUUCCAACAUCACACGACACAUGAGAUCCUUCGCAAUGUUUCGGGCGAUCUGGAUCUCUUCACCAUCACUAACACUGGCUGGCAUUUCAUCAAGUAUCUUGGGCCGGCUGUUGUCAUUGUUGGACCAGACACUCGUUCAGAAAGAGAUUCACACAGAGUCAUGGCCGGUCCAACCUACCAGGGAUUGUUUCCCAAGAUUGCUACUCUGCCGCCGAGCGUGCAGCAUUGUAUCUGGAUGAUACCAGUGCCUUUGCUAUAUCCAAGACUGGAGACGGCAGAGCAUAUCGCUCAUACCAUGGCAACAGGCAAGAAAGCUGUCACUGGCACGUUUAACAUGCUAGGCCGAAUGACGAGUUCUAUGGCGGGUGUCGUCGGUGCUAAAGGUGUCGUCGGUGAUGGCUUCAGCUCAAUCAAGAAGGCGGUCGGAAAGUCGGGCCUCAUGAGCAGCGUGCUGAGUCCGUUUGGAGAAAUUGACAUGCUUGACGAAUUGCGUGAUAUGUGGACUCAUGAAUCUAAGGAUCUUGAACGUACUUACAUGAUUCGCACUCUUCAAGGCAUUGCGCACAACAAAUCCUUACGUAUGACUUUCCUAUCCGGCAGCGUCAAUGCCUGUGGUGCCGGACUUGUUCACGAUCCUUCACAUCCUGGAGACCACAAGACCAUGUAUCAACUCAUCACCUCAUCAAUCGUCAACGCACCUCCAGCAUCCUACGUCCUUCGAUUACUCAACAGUAAUCCCAAGCAACCAAUCUACAUCCCACAGAAUGGUCAACGCAGCGCAGGACCCCACCAACCCACCCAAUCUACUGACACAAAAGAAGACAUGAUGGAAAUCUUCGUGGCAGAUGUUAACGGCGCUCCGCGCGAAAUGAAACGUCUCAUGGGUCGUAGGAAUUACGUCGCAAUGGUUGCGUAUGACCCUGAGGUUGUGCGUGGAUCUCAUGGGUCUAUUGUUCCUGGUAACAAAGGACCCGGUUGCCUCAGUCUCGCUGCAGACUUUAUGGUGCAGAAUGAGGGUGCGUAUGCGGCGCCUGUUAAGUACGGUCCAGUCAUCAUCCCAAGCUUGGAGUUCGGGCGAUGAAGUGUGGGCACGAUGGAAGAAGAGAAGGGAAGGUAGACCAGUAUGCUUUGAUGUAAUAUGAGCGCUUUUGACCCUUUGCCUUUUGCUUUCGAGGG